CAGCAGUUGGUCAGUGUGUGUUUAGCUCUAAUUCUCUCUUUGGAUUAAUGUGUUGGUUUGGAUCCUCAGUAAGAAUGCAGGUGUGUUUUCUUCUCCUCCUUAUACAGCUUCAUGUUACUGAAGGUUGCACACUGAAUCAACGGAGAGUGGAUGUGACUGGAAACGAGGGACAGUCUGUCCUUCUGCCCUGCUCCUGCUCUGAACUACAAGCCAAACCACACACUUUCAGAUGGAGCUUUUUAAAAGGAUCUUUUCCUGAAAUCUUCCCAAAGGACCAGACAAAUCGCUACACAGACAGAGUUCAGCUCUUUAAUGAUCAUCCUCCAGGAAAUCUCUCUCUACUCAUAUCACACCUGACUGUAGAGGAUGGAGGAUGGUACAGGUGUGAGAUCAACAACAAUAUCAAUACAGACAUCUACCUCACAGUAAAAGACUGCAGGCUGAAAGGAAAUAGAGAGACAGAAGAGAUCACUGCAUACACAGGAGUCUCAGUACUGCUGCCCUGCUCCUGCACUGACCUCCACAUCAAACCUGAGACAUUCACAUGGGAGAAAAACACAAAUGAAAAUAACUGGGUACAGAUAUCUCCUGAGAGUGAUCAGUACAAAGAGAGAUAUCAGCUGGUUAAUAAUCACUCUUCGGGAAAUCUCUCUCUGCUCAUAUCACACCUGACUGAAGAGGAUGGAGGAGAUUACAGGUGUAAUGUUAAAGAGGGUGAAUACAGAUACAUCAGACUCACUGUUAAAGGUAAAUGA